CAAUGCAUGUAGACGUUUCGGCACUAGCUGGAGGGCGGCGACUGGAGCGGGACCCUUGAAAAGAACAGCUUGUUUCUGACAGCUCAUAGUCUUUACGUCGCUUCUGUUUUUGAUAUUUAUGUAAUAUUUCAGAGGACGUGUGUGAAAUAAAGUUAAAAUAGCCCUCAUUCGGAGGCUGUUUUGAGCAAAAACAGAGCUAUGUAAUAUAUGUACAGUUAUCCGUUAACGCAUUGUUUGUUAGCAUUAGCUAGCUAACACAGUUGGUGCAGACUUGUAAAGCUUGGCAGGAAAACAUCGAAAAUGCCCCCGAAAAAGCAGAAGUCGACAGCGAUGAACAUCUCCAGCUCCUUGGACUUGGAGUCGGAGGACAUCAGCCUGGAGACCACCGUGCCCACCGCCGAGGACGUGUCCUCUUCCGACGAGCAGCGGAUGAGCUCACAGAAAUUGACCCGCCAGCUGAUCGAGAGGAAGCAGCUGCUUCAGAACGUCCAGCUGCUAAAAAUCGAACUUUCCCAGAAGAACCUCACCAUCGACAACCUGAAGGCGGACUACAUGUCGAAGGUGGAGGAGCUGGAGGAGAAGCUGAAUGAUGCUCUCCAUCAGAAACAAGUGUUGACGCUGAGACUGGACACUCAUUUGAAACUUGCCCAGGAGGAAAACCGGAAGCAGCAGGCCGUGCGCAAACAGGAAGUGGACACCAUUCUGCUCCGGCAACAGCAGCUGGAAGAGGCUAAUCGACAGAUGCGAGAGAAGGCCGGAGAGCUUCGGCGGUCACUCAGGGAUGUGGACAUCUCCCACGAGCGCUACCAGGAGCUUCGUGACCUUCCCGAGGAAACCAUGACCAUUCAGGAAUUUGUAGCGGUGCGUUUCUACGAGGCGGUGACUCCCUUGAAGGCUCAGCUGGCUGAGCUCAGUGUGAAGAAAGACACUCUAAGCGAAGAUGUGGACACACAGCGGGCCCAGAUGAAGGCACUGAUGGAGAGCUACGAGGAGGAGCGCCGUCUCCGUACCGAGCUGGAACUCCGGAGCCAGAGGUUGACGCUGGAACUGGCCGACACCAAGCAGCUCAUCCAAGACGGGGACUACCGUCGAGAAAACUACCCCAACAUCAAACGAGAGCGUGACAGCCUGGAAGCAGAGCUAAAGGAGGCGAAGAGAAGAUUCGAGACCCUUGACUUGGGUCACGCAGCCCUGGGCAGGGAGCGAGAGACCCUCAGCAAAGAGGUGGUGACGUUGCGACAGUCUGUGACGCUGCUGCAGAAGGACAAGGAGUACCUGCACAGGCAGAACAUGGAGCUGAGCGUUCGCUGUGCGCACGAGGAGGACCGCUUGGAGCGCAUGCAGGUACAUCUGGAGGACACCAAGAAGGCCCGGGAGGACGCCUAUGAGAAAUACGUAGCGUCUAGGGAUCACUAUAAGUCAGAGUACGAGAGGAAGUUAAGAGACGAGCUGGAGAACAUCAGAAUGAAAACCGGUCAGGAAAUCGACCACCUGCAGAGAACGUCCAAGGAGAUGUAUGAAAGAGAGAACAGAAACCUGCGCGAGGCCAGAGACAACGCGGUGCUGGAGAAGGAGCGAGCGGUCACCGCCGAGAGAGACACUAAGUCGCGAUUCGACCAACUGCUGGAACAGUAUCGCCAGCUCCAGCUCGGCACCGACAGCCGCGUCGCCGAGUUGUCCAACCAGGCCAAGCUUCACUCCUUUGAAGCCGAGCGCGCUCAGAUGCUGAAGGAGGAAACCGACAAGGCCCUGGCCCAGUGCCAGGUGGAGUGUGAGAAACAGCAGAAAAAACUGGAGCUCCUCACUCAGGAGUUUUACCGGCUACAGACGUCAUCAGAGAAGCGAGUGGCGGAGCUGCGCGCUCACAAUGCUGAGCAGGCGUCUCGGCUGGAGUCGUACGAAAAGCUGGAGCAGGAGCUGGACCAGGUCACCGUGCAGGCCGCUGAAAUUGAGAACGAGGAGGAAGCAGAGAGGGUUCUAUUCUCAUACGGCUACGGAGCCAACGUUCCGACCACAGCUAAAAGGAGACUUCAGCAGAGUGUUCACCUGGCCCGCAGGGUGCUGCAGCUGGAGAGGCAGAACACAUCGCUGAGAAGAGAUUUGGAGAGACACCAGUCCCAAACGGGCCAGAUCUCUGACGAGCUGAUGGCAGCCAACCAACUUCUGGAGCAGGCGCAGCAACCCUACAGCUACCUGAUUGAGACGGUGAGACACAAGGACGGGCAGAUCGACACCCUGAAGCAACGCGUCACUUCGCUGGAGGACGAUGUCAGCUCUCUGACGAAGGAGCGAACGGCUCUGCUGCAAGUGAAGAACAACAUGGCCGCCGAUCUGGAGCGCCUCCUUAACCAUCGCGAGGAGUUUGCCAUGAUGAAGCAGGUCCUCCUCAACAUGCGCUCCAAACAGGAAAACGCUUUGAGCCCAUUGCCGACAAUCAAAGGCGAUACGAGGAGCUCCGGCUCCAGCAACCGACGCUCCAAGACGCUCCAAGACGAGUCGCCCGACAAGCCAAAACCUACCGUGUUUACCAAAAGAGAAGCUCCUGAUUGGUACCAAAGACUGAAGCAGAAACCCAAACAAUGACUGAAAAAAACAACAACAUUCUUAACAUGUUUUUACCUCAUAUUUGUUUUUGUUUUGUUUUUUUAAAUAAACUUUCUCCGAGCGUUUUCUUGUUCUCCCACGCGGUCAGAUGUUCCCCAGGUAACACAUUCCUCGCUAAGUGCCCAAAUAUUCUUCUUUCCUGGCACCCUUUGCCGUGAUUGUGUCCAUCAAUCAUAACAUCAUCAUGGUUUCCACUCGUUCGUACGUUGGAAGCUUGACAUACUUUUAUCACAUCGUAGUGUACCAAGGAUACCCACCUGGUAGUCAUUGUUGAUACUGCUGCUGCUGCGCAAUAAUUAUUGAGUACAGUACAUUGCUUAACAACCGUACCGGAAUUUCCUACUUCAUACCUGGCCGGGUUAUAAAGGCUUUUUUUUUUUUUAAUUUACAUUCUUGUGUUUAUCUUAUUCUGUAAUGCAUGCUCUCACUCUUCAACAAAGUAGAGGACAAAUAUCAGAAUUUGCAUUGUUGUUUUUAUAAUGAAUCAUUUGAAAGCAUUGUAUGUUAUUUUACUAGUAAUAUGUUUGUGUAAGCUGACUCUUCUACUUAUACGCCACUGCACACAAAAGGCUGAAAAUCUGUCAAAACAUGCACACGUACCGUGUUGCCGGUGCUAUUAUUUUACGGAUGAAUACACCGCACAAAGAUGCAGUUAUUAAACUAUGACUUGAAAUUUCUCACACAGCUCAAAGUGCUCUACAGAAACACCCCCUUGUAACUUUAAGGGUGUGAUACUGAUUUCAUUAAUUCAUUUUCUACCGCUUAUCCUCACGAGGGUCGCAGGGGGUGCUGGAGCCUAUCCCAGCUGUCUUCGGGCGAGAGGCGGGGUACACAAUCACAGUCCAAAUAUUACAAGAAGAACAUGUAGUAUGAAGAUUCAUUCAUUUUCUACCGCUUAGCCUCAAGAGGGUUGCGGGGGUGCUGGAGCCUAUCCCAGCUGUCUUCGGGCAAGAGGCGGGGUACACAAUCACAGUCCAAAUAUUACAAGAAGAACAUGUAGUAUGAAGAUUCAUUCAUUUU